AUGGCUAACAACAGCCCCGCGCUGACAGGCAACUCGCAGCCGCAGCACCAGGCGGCCGCGGCCGCGGCCCAGCAGCAGCCGCCGUGCGGCGGCGGCGGCGGCGGGGCCACCAAGCCGGCCGUGUCGGGCAAGCAGGGCAACGUGCUGCCGCUGUGGGGCAACGAGAAGACCAUGAACCUCAACCCCAUGAUCUUAACCAACAUCCUGUCGUCGCCUUACUUCAAAGUGCAGCUCUACGAGCUCAAGACCUACCACGAGGUGGUGGACGAGAUCUACUUCAAGGUCACACAUGUUGAACCAUGGGAGAAAGGAAGCAGGAAGACAGCGGGCCAAACAGGGAUGUGCGGAGGGGUUCGAGGUGUUGGAACAGGAGGAAUCGUUUCUACAGCUUUUUGCCUGUUAUACAAAUUAUUUACUCUGAAGUUAACUCGAAAGCAAGUGAUGGGUCUCAUAACACACACAGACUCUCCAUAUAUUAGAGCCCUCGGAUUUAUGUACAUAAGGUACACACAGCCCCCUACAGAUCUGUGGGAUUGGUUUGAAUCUUUCCUUGAUGACGAAGAGGACCUAGAUGUGAAGGCUGGCGGAGGCUGUGUAAUGACCAUUGGAGAAAUGCUGCGGUCUUUUCUCACAAAACUGGAGUGGUUUUCUACCUUGUUUCCAAGAAUCCCAGUUCCAGUUCAGAAGAAUAUUGAUCAACAGAUUAAAACCCGGCCUCGGAAAAUCAAGAAAGAUGGGAAAGAGGGCGUUGAAGAAAUAGACAGACAUGUUGAACGCAGGCGUUCAAGGUCUCCAAGGAGAUCACUGAGCCCGCGGAGGUCCCCAAGAAGAUCAAGAAGUCGAAGCCAUCAUCGGGAGGGCCAUGGGUGUUCUAGUUUCGACCGAGAAUUAGAAAGAGAGAAAGAACGCCAGCGCCUAGAGCGUGAAGCCAAAGAAAGAGAGAAAGAAAGGCGGCGAUCCCGGAGUAUUGAUCGGGGCUUAGAUCGAAGGCAUAGCAGGAGUAGGGAAAGGCAUAGAACUCGGAGUCGGAGUCGUGAUAGGAAAGGAGACAGAAGGGACAGGGACCGGGAAAGAGAAAAAGAAAAUGAGAGAGGUAGAAGGCGAGAUCGUGACUAUGACAAGGAAAGAGGUAAUGACCGAGAAAAGGAGCGAGAGCGAUCAAGAGAGCGAUCCAAGGAGCGGAGAAGUAGGGGAGAGAUGGAAGAAAAAAAACAUAAAGAAGACAAAGAUGAUAGGCGGCACAGGGAUGACAAAAAAGAUUCCAAAAAAGAGAAAAAACACAGUAGAAGCAGAAGCAGAGAAAGGAAGCAUAGGAGUAGGAGUAGAAGUAGGAAUGCAGGGAAACGGAGCCGAAGCAGGAGCAAAGAGAAAUCCAGUAAGCACAAGAGCGAAAGCAAGGAGAAGUCCAAUAAGCGAAGUCGGAGUGGCAGCCAAGGAAGAACUGACAGUGCGGAAAAGAGAAAACGGGAGCGGAGCCCCAGCAAAGAUAAAUCUAGAAAGCGGAGCGGCAGCAAAGAACGUGUCCACAAACGGGAUCACAGUGAAGGCAAGGACCAGUGUGACAAACAGGAUGAGCGAAGGAGCCAAAGUGCAGAACCUGAGAGCCAAGAAAAACAAAAAAGCAAAGACGAGACUGUGUGA